CCGCGCCGAUGCCCGUCAAAGCGUCAAAGUGAAGAACAAAAAGUCGCGUUUUCAUAGUGCUUUAAAUUUCUGGUCCAAGAAAUUUUCGAUUUUUCCUGAAAAAUUGACGAAAAUCGUCUUAAUCUGCACGGGUUGAUAUUGGAGUUCUUUCUAGAAAUCAAUAGCGGCAUAAGUAGCUCCAAACCGCAAUUAUUGACGAAUUUAGGAACCAAGAGGCUCAGUCGAAGUCUUUCAAAAUGAGCAAGAAACCAACGAAGCCCGAUCAACCCACAACCCAACCCACUUCUGAGGAACCAGCAGAGUUCUCCGUCGAAAAGAUUUUGGAUCGACGAGUUGUUAACGGAAAGGUUCAAUAUUAUCUCAAAUGGAAGGGAUAUUCCGCAGAAGAAAAUUCCUGGGAACCCGAAGAGAAUGUUGACUGUCCUGAUCUGAUUCAAGCAUUUGAAGAUUCAAGAAAGAAAAAAGAGAAAGAAGCUAAGGACGAUGCUAAGAAAAGACGCAAAUCUGAUGAAGGCAAAGUAACUGGAGCGAAGAGAAAGUCAACAACCGGCGAGGAAAAGAAGAUCGGAUUUGAUCGAGGCCUAGAACCAGAAGAAAUUCUAGGUGCGACUGAUCACAAUGGACAGCUCAUGUUCCUUAUGAAAUGGAAGGAUGCAGCAAAUGCGGAUUUAGUGCCCGCCAAGCAGGCCAACGUGAAGUGCCCGCAGAUUGUUAUCAAAUUUUAUGAAUCCCGUCUUACAUGGCAAACUUCGGAGAAGAAGAAUGACUCCAAAGACGAUUACGCAUAAGCGUGAGAGACAAAUGCCGAAAUAACACAACUACUCUUAAGGAUACGGAUAUGUGAAUGUAUUUUAAGUAUUCCCGUUUUAUCCUUAGUUCUUCUCGCUGUAGGUGAAACUAUUGACACGCAUUGACUGCUUCAUAAAAUCCAACAGAACACAAUUGAAUUUUGCUCCCGAUUUAAUUCGUUUUCACUGAUCCAUCAUGAUUUUAGUUACUUUCAGUAGAUGAUAUCUUUUUUUUUCACAAAAAAACGCGGUUUAAUCAAAAUAACUGUUACAAUAAACAGCCGUUAGUAUUCUGUUAAUUCAUUUUUGUUAGAUUAAAUACAAAACAUCUGUUGAAAUUUUCAGAGCUUUUUUCACUUUCCUCUUCAGGGCACUGCCUCUGUGAAUUCAACUUUUUUCAUGCUUUCGAAGUUUUUCUGAUCGCAUGAAAUUAUUGUUAUUGGAGACAGGCAGAGUACUGAUACUUUACGAUGAUCAGCUUAAAAGUGUAUAAUGUUUAUAAAGAAUAAAUAGAACGUGUCACAAGGUGAAAAACAUUUAUUCCUUUUUGAAAAGAAUAAUUCUGAAAUAUGUGUAGUAAGGUAACAUUUAAAAGAUUAGUAAUCAAUAAAAGUCAAAACAAUA